UCUAUUGUUUAAAUUAUUCAUGCACAAUUUAUGUUGAUGUCUACUAGAUAUGGAAUAUUAAAGUCGUGGUAGGAAUUAUUUAACAUUUCGAAUUGAGAUUGUAGUAUUUGGAUUUAAUUAACAAUAGCCAUAGCACGCUUUUAGCGUGGUGGUGAAAAUAGUCUGCGAUAAUGUCAAAGAAGGACGAUAAGAAAGAUGAUAAAAAGAAGGACAAGGGAAGUAGCGCAUUCCUAAAGGAUUUCCUUGCGGGUGGUAUAUCUGCCGCUGUUUCAAAAACUGCCGUGGCGCCCAUUGAGCGAGUGAAGUUACUGUUGCAAGUGCAGCAUGUAUCUAAACAGAUUGCAGCUGACAAAAGAUACAAAGGUGUAAUGGAUGCAAUUAUACGUAUCCCUAAAGAACAAGGAAUAGGAUCCUUUUGGCGCGGAAAUUUAGCGAAUGUGCUUCGAUAUUUUCCAACGCAGGCGCUAAAUUUUGCGUUUAGGGAUGUGUACAAGGGUUUUUUUCUCAAAGAUAUUGAUAAAAACGUACAAUUUUGGAGAUAUUUCGCCGGAAAUUUAGCGUCUGGCGGUGCCGCUGGCGCGACUUCAUUAUGCUUCGUGUAUCCCCUAGAUUUUGCGAGAACUAGAUUAGCUGCGGACGUCGGUAAAGGGAAGUCCAAAGAGUUCAACGGUUUGAUUGACUGUCUGGUUAAAACUUUAAAGUCCGAUGGUCCUAUUGGCUUGUACCGUGGGUUUGUUGUAUCUGUACAGGGCAUUAUCAUUUAUCGAGCCGCUUACUUUGGUUUCUAUGAUACUGCACGCGGCAUGUUGCCAGAUCCAAAGAAUACUCCUUUAAUCGUAUCUUGGAUGAUUGCACAGACUGUAACAACUGUGGCUGGGAUCGCAUCAUAUCCUUUGGACACGGUCAGACGAAGGAUGAUGAUGCAAUCGGGUCGGCCCGUGCACGAACGCCAAUACAAAAGCACCGCCCACUGCUGGGUUACUAUUCUACGCCAAGAAGGCCUCGGAGCUUUCUUUAAAGGUGCCUUUUCAAAUAUACUCCGAGGUACAGGAGCGGCCUUUGUACUUGUGUUGUACGACGAAAUAAAGAAAUUACUUUAAAUGUCAAUGCUGUCAAUGUCGUUUCUGUUUUCGGUUGGUGUAAUUUUGAUGACUUUUAUA